UUAAGUACCCCCUUGCCCAAAUCACCAGUCACAAGUAUCUGCAGAAAGAAAGGAGCUGAAAUAAUAACAGAUAAGAUCCACUCCGUAUGUUCUCAAAUUGAAAAUCAGCACUGCACCCCCUCUCUCCCUCCCUCGCCAUCCCACUCGCCCACCAUGUCUGGUUUUACCAGCAUUUUCCAUCAACCCUUAAAACUUCAACUCUCCGAUCCCCUCAGACCCCUCUCUUUUCACUCAAACUUCUUUACUCUCCGCUUUCAAGGCCCCGCUACAAGGUGGCUCUCCGUUUCUUCUACAACCACCGUCGCCACCACCGCUAUUGUAUCUCGCUACGGCGGAGGAGGUGGGUCCUCCCGAAGGCCCAAGACCAACGAUGAUCAGGCACUUGAUAUUUCUUCCAUCAGGUCGGAUAGAGUUAGGCUUAUUGAUCAGCAGCAAAACAUGGUAGGAAUAGUGUCAAAAGGUGAGGCUUUACAAAUGGCUGAUAUUGCAGAGCUUGACUUGGUGAUAUUAUCUCCAGAUGCCGAUCCUCCAGUUGUCAGAAUAAUGGAUUACAAUAAAUAUAGAUAUGAGUUGCAGAAGAAGAAACGAGAUCAGCAGAAGAAAAGUCUUGCUAGCCGCAUGGAUUUGAAGGAACUGAAGAUGGGUUACAAUAUUGAUGUGCACGAUUACUCCGUGCGUUUGAAAGCAGCUCAGAAGUUUCUAAAAGAUGGUGAUAAGGUAAAGAUUAUAGUGAGCUUGAAGGGGCGUGAAAAUGAUUUUAGAAAUAAUGCCAUCGAGCUCAUCAGACGGUUUCAGAAUGAUAUUGGGGAGCUUGCCGUUGAGGAGAACAAGAGUUUCCGCGAUAGGAACAUCUUCAUAAUAUUGGUUCCUAAUAAAGCCGUUGCUCAAAAAGCUCAAGAACUGCCAAAGAAGGAUAGGUCGACAGCAAAUGAAGUAUCAGCAGGAGUCUAAGUGUAUUAAAGAAAUAGCUGUUAGUAUAGACAUUUAUCUUCUGACUAAACCUGGGAGCUUGCCAACAUCCCAUUGUCUUGCAUGGGUUUCUGCUUCCCAGUAUACUCACAAGGAUACAAAAGGUGUUGGUAAGAGAAGCUAUUGUAAUCUCUGCCACCAGCUUAUAAAUGGUGGAUUUCACUCUGUUCUGGUUUCCUCAAGCAAUGUAUUCAUAAUAAUUAUUUAUUAAUUCAAAUACAAAAUCUAUUGCAUUGAAAA